UACAGGGUUAAGUCUACGUAAAGUGAGGAACUCGUGUGGUCGGUAAGAUAAGUAGAACAUUGUCUCUGACCCUACCUAUAGUUAACCUCGGUCGCAUUGAUUUUUAUCCAAUAAGAUAAGACAGGGACUGUAUUGAACCGAGCCGGUCUGUGACGGAGAUAUAUAAAACCAGAAAACUUUCGGACUGUCUUAGGUAGCAUCUGUGUGUGUAGAGGUGGUUGUUCUUUGGCAAAACUGUAUAAGAAAAAAGACAUUCUGUGAUAUUUUAAAUUGAAGAUAUUUUGGUGAUUUGUAACAGGAGAUAAUGUUUGGUUUUGUGGUGGGGUUUGUUGUGGUGGCGUUGUGCUGUGAGCUCGCGGAAGGCCAUGGCCGCCUGUUGGAGCCCCCCUCACGGUCAAGCAUGUGGAGGUCAAUGCGAGGAGGAAUACGAGAAUUUCCAAACGCCCUAGUGAACUACAACGAUAACCAACUCUUCUGUGGCGGGCGAAUCAAUUAUAUCUACCAGCAUCAGCAGUGUGGGAUAUGUGGAGACCCGUUCCAGGGGCCCCGUAACAAUGAAGCGGGCGGUCGUUACGCUGCUGGCAUCAUCGGCAGGAAUUACAAGGCUGGUCAGACCAUAGACAUUGGUGUAGAAAUCACAGCCAAUCACUUCGGCUUCUUCGAGUUCAGACUAUGUCCGAACAACGACGUUCACAAGGUCGCCACACAGGAAUGUUUAGACAAACAUCUCCUUACAUUGGAUAAUGCCGCCGGUACAAGGUACUAUUUAGGAGGCAGGAGGGGUACAAUCAACCUGAAAGCAAAGCUGCCUGAAGGUCUCACGUGUUCCCAGUGUGUGCUGCAAUGGCGCUAUAAAACAGGAAACAGCUACGGCUAUGCUCCUAAUGGUACGUAUUGCAUCGGCUGCGGGCUACAGGAGAUGUUCUAUGGCUGUUCCGACAUCUCGAUAUCGGCCGGGGGUAAUGGCCCCGUACAGCCGCAGAUCACGUCUCGACCAGCAACAUCCGGUCCGGCUCACACCCAAAGACCAGCAACAUCCGGUCCGGUUCACACCCAAAGACCCGUAGUAUACACCCCCAGGCCCACGCUUCCUGUUCCAGUCCAUACUAACCGACCCAUUUCUGGUAUUUUCUUUGGACAGCCAAUCGGACAGACGAAUGGCCAGAACGGACAGAUGGGCGGACAGACAGGUGGCCAUACAAUCACCAGGUGUCGCGCUGUAAACCUGUGGGCAGGAGUUCCCGCCCUUGAUCAGUGGUGCCUUGACAAUUGCCAGAAAGGAAACUGUCCGGCAGGUGCAUGCAGGUGUAAUUAAAACCGUCCACUAGUGAAAACCUCGAAAUAAUGCCUCUCGUUUUAUUUGCGACCUCAGUUUUCGCCAAGUCCUUUUUUCCUUUAUCCUGAUCCUUUCCUACAGAUAUCUCUGUUUUCCCCUUUAUAACAACAAUGAUCUGGACAAACGAUCCUGCUUAAUAUUAAAGGAGCAGUGUUUCUAGAUAAAGAGUAUAUGUAAACAUGCCUUAUUUCAUAAGAGGAGAAUUUCAGGGAGUCCCUAUCCCACUGAUCUCUCCGUAUCGUUGUCAUGUACACACGACAACAAUAUGUCAUCCUGGUCCCUGUUGUCCUGUACACACGACAACAAUAUGUCAUCCUGUU